UAAAAGAUUCUCUGGUGACCUCUGAAGGUAAUUUUUUAAGGCAAUAAUUAUUUUGGAUAAACUUUACUUUUUAAAACAAAUUUUUUGUUGAUUAAGUCAUUGAGCAAAUGUGAUGUCAAUUUACAUUUGUUUUUUCUUGCCCUUGUUUGGUUUCUCGAAGCUCUUGAUCCCUUGGGAUCCUACGUGUUCACACCAAUCGCCCAUUAGCAGCAAGAAUCAGGAAGGAAUUGAAUAUAAUGAAGAGGAAAAGGGAAAUGGAGAUGGGGGCUUCAGAAAUGAAGUGUGCCAUUGAAGAGCUAUCCAGCAUGGUUUUGAUCAAAGGCAAAGCUGGUAGCGAUUAUGACACCACUCUGCAUAUUCCCACUAAGCCUUUUCUCUCUAUCUGCAACUGCCUUAUUCAGGUUCUUGAUAAGAUUGGACCAACAAUGUUUGUUCUGAGACAAGAUGUACAUCAAAAUAUCCAGAGAUUGGAGAAGUUGUAUGAUUCAGAUCCUUCAUUGUAUUCAAAUAUGGUGGAGAUUUUGAAGAAGGAGAGAAAUGAAGGAAGUGCGAAGAAGGGUCCCAGCUGCAGUAAAGCCUUGGUUUGGCUCACCAGAUCACUGGACUUCACCUCAGCUCUGCUGAAAUUACUGGUAGAAGAUCCGGAAAGGAACAUGGAAAAAGCAGUGGAAGAGUCGUAUAACAUCACUCUCAAGCCAUGGCAUGGUUGGAUUUCUUCUGCUGCCUAUGGGAUAGCCGUAAAACUUGUGCCAGACAGCACAAGUUUGAUGAGGAUCCUGAUGAGCAAACAAGAAAAUAACAGUAAUGACAACCUUAACAAGGAAAUCCGCACCGUGGUUUCAUUAUUAGUACCUGUUUUACAAGAAAUUCACAAUGUUCUGGAAACAUAUGGUUUGAACAAGUUAAAAGCCACCUGAAGGAACUCAAGAAACUCAAAGUUGGUCCUACAUUUUAUCUGUGGAGUUCUGUUAGACAACUCCAUCUCCUUUGCUUUAAUGUACAAAUGUAUACAAAGUAUAUAUGUAUAAAUAUUUUUAAUUUCACUUCUUUAAUUCCUCCCACUUACUCCAA